AUGGAGGACUUUCUGAAUGGCAGUGAGGAGUGCUACAUUGAUAUGGGAGGGAGGUUAUACACGAUCAGUUUCAAAGAGAUGUCGCAGAUGAACACAGUGACCCAAAAGCUUCGAAGGAUUCGCUGCUGCUUUCCGUUACCGAGCCAUUGGGAGUUGAAGGAUGAAGAUGUGUUGAAGUCUCUCAAGGACACAUCCAAGAAUCCUCAAGAAGGGUCAAGAUCACCCUCUCAAUUGUCAGUUCAGAGGUCGUUGGCUGCACGUUUUUUUGAUAUUUUUGGGAGGGGUCCAAGAUCUCCCUCAACAACCACUCAGACGUGUGAUGUGCACCCAUGGAAAGUUGUGCAGAAGGUGGAAGACCAACAAACACUGUCAGACUUGCAAGACCUCUUGAAUCAAUCGUUGCUGCGUCAUGAUGGUACCGCUUGUAACUGCCUGCAUGGAAGUUCAAGGUUUCAGCUGAAGGAGGCAUUCCAGAUCAAAAAUUUGAUAUUAUGGCGGCGGUUCCAGCGCUUUGGUCAAAGCAUUCGGGAAAAGCACAGGCUGGAGGGCAUCACCCCUGAGGUCAUCCAACCACCUGUGGGGAAUGCACUGACCGAAUUUGCCAAGAAGAUCCAGGUCGAUGAAUCUGUGAAUGAUCGACUGUUGUUUCAUGGGACGAGGACUUUUGCCUUGGCAGAACAGAUCGCGAAAGAAGGUUUUGACAGCCGGAUCGCCAAUAGUAACGGGCUGUAUGGCAAGGGAAGCUAUUUUGCAUCGCAGACAUGCAAAAGUGCACAAUAUGCAACAGAAUCAGGAAUGACCGCAAAAGCAUCGCCCAAUAUGCUCGGGACCAUGCUCGUUGCGAGAGUCGCAAUUGGUGAUCCCCACUACGCGACAGGACGUUGUUCUGAUACCGAACGACCACCUAUGAAGGCAAUCAUUACUACUACAGGAAGCAAAGAAUGGCGGUGCGAUUCCAUCAUCGCCCAGCCCGGGAUUUUCAACGGGUUCUCUCAGCGGCAAAGCCACACAGAAGUGGUGACUUUUUCACCAGACCAGGCCUAUCCGGAGUAUAUCCUUAGAUUUUUCGAGACAUGA